UAGCCAUUUCCUCCACAUUCAAAAUUUCCGAAGUUCGCGAUCCAUAGGAUAGAGAGAGAGAUUUCUAUUCUGAAAGAUAGCCUAGAAAAGAAAAAGGCUUAAUUUUCUUUCACAUUUUCUAUUACUUUAUCUAGAAAAACAAUAAAAAGAAAUAUAUACUCAAAUAUGGCCAUGAACAUUACCCACCAGAUCGGAGCACUUGCGGGAACUCCAAUCUCAACAGGACCCAUCACCACAACCACUAGUGAAUCUACGUCGACGGUAAGCGCUGCUGCGGUUUGGAAAACUCCUACUCCAAAUAUACGGUGCGAAAUUAAAAACCCAGACGCUGUGGAGCAGAAAUCUCAGCCGACGAGCCCUUGCGGUUCUCCAAUACUGAACGGCAUCCGCGCAGAUCUGUCGGUUGCUUGCCGUGCUUUUGCGGCUGAGGCGACGACAUUGGAGAGGGAAACGGGAGGGGAAGAGAGGAUGUAUAAAGAAGGUUCUGUGAAGGAGAAAGGGAGUGGUGUGCCGGUGUACGUGAUGAUGCCGUUGGACAGCGUGACGAUGGGCAACACCGUGAACCGGAGGAAGGCGAUGAACGCCAGUUUGCAGGCGUUGAAGAGCGCCGGAGUUGAAGGGAUCAUGAUGGACGUGUGGUGGGGAUUGGUUGAGAGAGAUGCGCCUGGGGUGUAUAACUGGGGAGGGUACAGUGAGCUUUUGCAGAUGGCUAAACGACAUGGGCUUAAGGUUCAGGCAGUGAUGUCGUUUCACCAGUGUGGAGGCAACGUCGGCGACUCCUGCACUAUACCAUUGCCUAAGUGGGUUGGGGAGGAGGUCGACAAAGAUAAAGAUCUUGCAUACACUGAUCAGUGGGGAAGAAGGAAUUAUGAAUAUAUAUCUCUGGGCUGUGAUACCCUUCCGGUCCUCAAAGGCCGAACGCCCGUGCAAUGUUACUCCGACUUCAUGCGAGCCUUCAGAGACAACUUCAAAAACCUUCUUGGUGAUACCAUUGUGGAAAUUCAAGUGGGGAUGGGUCCAGCAGGUGAGCUGCGCUACCCCUCCUACCCAGAACAGAAUGGGACAUGGAAAUUUCCUGGAAUUGGAGCUUUCCAAUGUUAUGACAAGUACAUGCUUAGCAGCCUGAAAGCUGCAGCUGAAGCUGCUGGUAAGCCAGAAUGGGGUAGCACAGGUCCUACUGAUGCUGGUCACUAUAACAACUGGCCAGAAGAUACCCAAUUCUUUCGUAAAGAAAAUGGUGGUUGGAUCAGUCCUUAUGGUGAAUUUUUCCUUAAUUGGUACUCUCAGAUGCUCCUAGACCAUGGUGACAGGAUACUUUCAUCAGCCAAGGCCAUCUUUGAGAACUCCAAUGUAAAAAUCUCAGUAAAGAUUGCAGGAAUUCAUUGGCACUAUGGGACAAGGUCUCAUGCCCCAGAGCUGACAGCUGGGUAUUAUAACACAAGAUAUCGGGAUGGUUACCUUCCUAUUGCACAAAUGUUAGGACGCCAUGGUGCUAUUUUCAACUUCACUUGUAUCGAGAUGCGUGAUCAUGAGCAGCCGCAGGAUGCCCUUUGUGCACCAGAGAAGCUUGUGCAGCAGGUGGCUUUAGCAACUCAGAAAGCCCAGAUUCCACUAGCCGGGGAAAAUGCGUUGCCACGAUACGAUGAAUAUGCACACGAGCAAAUCUUGCAGGCAGCAUCACUGAAUGUCGAUUGUAAUUCAGGUGACAGGGAAAUGUGUGCCUUUACAUACUUGAGGAUGAGUCCUCAUUUGUUCCAAGAAGAUAACUGGAGACGUUUCGUGGGUUUUGUGAAGAAGAUGAAGGAAGGGAAGAAUGCCGAACGGUGUUGGGAGCAGGUUGAGCGGGAAGCUGAGCAUUUUGUGCACAUAAGUCAGCCUUUAGUGCAGCAGGCUGCAGUGGCUCUAAUGCACUAAGCAUUUGAAUUCUAUACCAUGGCAUGGGCAACCAACUCUAAAUUAGCUUUUGUUAUAGCUGCCUUUUUUAUGCUAUAGCUAUAGACGUUUGGCCGGAGGCCUAAAUGGAGGUAAAAAAAAAAAAAAAACAAAAAUAUGUUUAAGUUAAUUCUUGAAACAUGGCCUGAUGCUAUACGAAUGAAAUGUAUUUUAUUUUUCGUUCUUCCUCGACAAGCUAGUUGUAGAUUGGUGAUCAAUCAGAUUAUGUAAUAAACUCUUAUUUUAGUAUUGAAUAAGGCAAGCAAAUCUCCAGCUUAUAUUUGUGCAAA